GACAAAGAGAGGCUUUACUGCCACGCUGUUUCUCACAUGACAGAGCAACAUCACUUAGAAUAAAGUUGGCGGGAGUAUUUUUAAUCCAUACACUUGCCUUAUGAUUACAUGAAGAUUUCUUUGAGAAAAGAAGCAUGUCAGGAAGCUCUGGAUGCCCUUUUUCUGUCUGGGCAAUUCUGGCCUUCUUGGGUUUAGCUCUUGUUGUAUCGCUGAUCUUCAAUAUUUCCUGCUAUGUGGAAAAGCAGCGACAAGGUAUAACAUACAGGUUCUCUGAUGACUACAUUUCCCGGGAGGAUGAGUAUUACAUUGAAGACACACCCAUUUAUGGUAACUUAGAUAAUGUGAUCCCAGAACCAAUGGAUGAAAACUGCUAUGAGCAAAUGAAAGCCCGACCAGAGAGAUCUGUGAAUCAACUGCGAGCAGCUCCCACACCUGCACAGGCAACCAAUGAAGCACAGAUGUUCUACUCCUCCCUGGAGCACAGCCUUGAGGGGAAGCGCAGAAAGCCCAGGAAACACGAUCCUUAUUUGCCAGGCAAGGUUGAAGAUGAGCAGUUACACGCGACGGAUGCCAGCCUUUCUAUGACUGCUUUGGUUGAUAGUUUUGCACCCGAGGACCAGGAAGAAGAGGAAAACAUCCAUGAUGAUCCCAUCAGGCUGUUCGGAUUGAUUCGUGCGAAGAAAGAACCUGUGAACUAGCUGGACUCUGAUCUAGCUCAAUGAUUCAGCUCUUAUUGGAGAUCUUUGUCAAAGAAAAUGAAAUUCCCAUAUGACACACUGUGAUUUAGCUGGGUGACAGCCUGAUCGUUUGGUGGUGAUAUGGUGACUUUCCUCUUAUCCAGAGUGUCCGUUUGUACACGCCAAAUGUAAUGCCAGGAAAAUUAGUUAUGUGAAUUCACUUAAAAAUGCCUAAGUAGCAAAAUGCAAAAUAAAAUCUAGUUUGCAAAUUGAGCCUGAUAAUGAAUAAAGUCACAACUUCACAGACAAUACUUAAAACUCAAUGAUAUAAAACAAAAAAAUAUUUUAAGAAAAGCUGUGUUCUGGAACAUGUUGAAAGAAAAAUAAAAGUCAACUUUUUAAAAACAUUUCUUCUUUUUCUUCAAUGUGAAACACUCCAUAAUUGGAAGAAAUUUCUGAUUGAAGGUGUGGGAGCCAUUCAAAUAUAUUUCUAAGAGAAGUGGGAUAAUCUUCUUAAGAAAUACUUUUCUCAAAUGGAAAUAUCUUUAUUAGUUUUAAAAAUUGUUAUAAAAUUAGCGCAUGCUCCUUGUUACAAUAAACAAGUAUCAAAAAGAAUUUAGAUAUUCAACUAGCCAGAGAUAAUCACUAUGAGCAACUUUCUAUAUAUCCUUCUAGAUA